GAAGUGCUGCUCUGUUUUUUAACUGCCUUACUGGAGUUCAUCCUCCAGAGGAGCUUUUUAGCGCUCCUGUUUCCUCUCCAGGUCAGAUGGAGGCGCUGUGUAGCUACUUGGCUCUACCUUUCAAUGUAUUUCAGCUCUUCCAGGACUACAGAGACGCAGUUUCUCCUAUGCUUCAAAGGUGGUGUGGGAGCCCCUCUAUCACCAAAGCCCUGCAAGGGAAAACCCAGACCAUCAGAUAUCCGAGGAGAAGGAAUCGGUUGAUCGAUCUUCCAGAGGAUUACAGCGCUCUCCUGAACAAAGCCAGCCACUUUCAGUGUCCGAAGUCCACGGUGGACGAGAGGAAGCACCCGACGCUGUGCCUGGUCUGCGGCGCCAUGCUUUGCUCGCAGAGUUCCUGCUGCCUCAGUCAGCUGGACGGGGAGGACGUGGGGGCGUGCACGGCCCACGCUGCCACCUGUGGAGCCGGAGUGGGAAUGUUCCUCAGAAUCAGAGAGUGUGAAAUUGUCCUGAUGGCCAGUAAGACGCGAGGCAGCACUUACCCCGCUCCGUACCUGGACGACUAUGGAGAAACUGACCCUCACCUUGGGCGGGGCAACCCUCUGCACCUCUGCCCCGAGCGCUACAGGAAGCUGAACCAGCUGUGGCAGCAGCACUGCAUCCUGGAGGAGAUCGCCCGCAGCCUGGAGGUCGUCAACGUCAUGUUCGCCUUCGAGUGGCAGCUGGUCUGAGCGCUUCCCCGACCCGCCGCCGCCGCAUCUCCCCGUUCUCACACACACACACACACACACACACACACACACACACACACACACACACACACACACACUCAUGCAGGUAUUUAAAGCCUUCCUGUCAGAAGAGGCCUGACCCGUUCCGGAGCGGUGAUGAAGAUGUAACCUAAGUCGCCUUGAUUCAGUCUGUUUUGCGGUGCGGAUGAGUUUCACUUGGAGUGACGUUUUGGUUUUUUUGUUUCAGAUAAACUCAAAACCUUCUUAAAAACAUCGUUUUUAGUUCAUAUAUUUGAUUUUCUCUGUGUUGAAAACAUUUGACGUUGAAGGGUUUAAAUAUGGUUAUAAAUCCUAUUUAAAUCGAUUUUCCCCUCCUCUGUGUAUAGAUAAAAUAUGGACCUAUUUGCUCUCAUCUUCACUCCUGUAUAGAAAACCUCCUGUGUAACUUACUUUCACAUUCUCUCUUAAAUAAUAAUGAAACCUCCCACAUGUAUUAGUUUAAAUCCUUCAGAAACUCUAGAAAAAUGUAAGUUUCUUAAAAAAAUUUCCAUCAUGAAAUCAUUUCAUUUAAACCAACAGUAAGCCAAAAAGUAAGCAUGGUAUAAUUACAAUAUAUGGAAGGAACUGUUAUGAGACACUUAACCCCGUUUCUCUUUAGUCAUGUUAAAGCUCUUUACAUGAAAAGUAAUAAAGAAUGUAAGAAAUGUACAAUUUAUUAUAUAUAUAUUCUAUGUGAAUAUAUAUUUUCUGUUUUGUUUGACUGUACCACAUGACUUCCUGCUGUUGAAAUAAAGAGAGAUGCAAGCUGAA